UUUGUUUGCGCAGUUUCGGUUUCGUAAAGUUUUGUUCGUGUGUUGCCGGUCCGCCGGCGUCGCGGUAGCACGUUAACAGCACAUCGGAUCUACUUCUGUUCCUACUAAGACGAUCGCACGUUACACAUCAUGGUGGACGAUCUGGCUACGUUUAAUCGUUUGGUGCGCUUGUUUUCCCGUAAAUUUGCGGACAUGGAGGAGGAUGUGAAGAACUUUCAACGCGCAACUGCGACGUCUUUUUACAAGCGGACAGUGAUUACUCGAAAUCGGUACAAACGUAUGACGGGGGAGGAUUUGCCUGAGGGUUAUCCAUACCAUUAUGUGCAAUACCGUUGUGUUCAUGGUAGACGGAAUAACGUUCGUGGUAAACGGUAUGCGUCUGAUUGUUAAUGCCAUAAAUUGCCCUAACAGUUAUAGGAUGCUGGACUGCAAAGCGAGGUUCUCCUUCGUGCUGAAAGGCGAUUAUUACGAGCGAGGGGAAAUCUGUCUUCGGCAUAAUCAUGCUUUUCAAUUGGGUAAUCCAUGGCAGUAUCCGCAGAAUAGACACUUGACGGAGGCUGAGGAGGCAGAGGUAGUGAGCCUGAUGUCAGUAUUUAAAAGCACCCGUGAGAUUCGUCGUUACAUAUCACGGAAGUAUGGGCGAGUAUUGACGUUGGACGACAUUAAGACGGUGACAAGACGUCACCGGAAGCGGCAGGCUGGGGAGGUAUGCGAGGUGACGGAAUUGUUGGAGAAGAACGGCACAUGCCGAGUAGUGAAGGAGGGAGGCAUUAUUAGAUAUGCUUUCUUCGUGCCGUCGUCCAUGGAGUCAAUAGCCGCGCGCUACUGCGAGGUGUUGUUGGCGGAUGCGACCCACCAAUUGAAUUAUGGUGGCUAUAUACUGUGGCAUUGUAUGUUGAUAGAUGUUACGGGUAUUGCGUAUUCAUUCUUUUACGCAUUGUUACCCGAUGAAACGGUGCACAGUUACAGGCAAGCGGUGGACGCUAUGAAGGAGAUGUUACCUAGCACGGCGUUAGUGCAAACACUUGUGAUAGACAAGUGUAUGGCGCAGAUUGGCGCUCUAAAGUCCGCAUAUCCCAACGCGGCGGUCAUAUUUUCUCGUUUUCACGUGAUGAGGGAUAUGUAUCGACGCUGUGCACAUCUUGUGGGUGUAGGCCCAGGAGUGCGGAACAUUCUGCGGCAAUGGUUGAUGUUUUUGAUAUACACUCGUGAUGGCGAGCAUUUCGACAGGAUACUGCGGGCGAUUGCAGAAAAGAGUGAUGAAUUAUACAGAUACGUGCAACUUACCUGGCUACCGUGGGCAUCUUCAUGGGCGGCUCAUCGUCAGCGCGCCGUUUGUUUGUUCGGUUGCGCUUCAACGAACCGUGUGGAGAAUGAAAAUAAAUAUCUGAAGAAGAAGUUGACGCAGCAGUCCUCCCUUAAAUCGCUGUUCACUGUGAUUAUUGAACGCACGAGUUCAUUGAUGCAAGGUAGGCAAAUGGCGCUUGGAAGAUACAGUGCAACGCCAUAUAUUCCACCUGUGGAGUUUUCCCUUGCCGCAUCCAUUCUGAUUCGCUUUCUUCCUUACGCUCGUAAGCAACUGUUGAGGCACUUGAGAAGCGCGGGUAUAACAUCCUUGCAUGAUGCGGGUACGCACUGGGUGGUAGACUGCACCCGUGGUUCAAAGAGACGGCGCUACCAAGUGACUGCAGACUCCUGCGAAUGUGAAUUUCAUCUUCAGUGGCGUAUGCCAUGUGCACAUCUGUGCCAUGUGACUGCCAGGAAAGGAUUGCCCAUGGCUAGUAUUGUAACCAAUUGCAGAUGGAAUGCCCCAUGCAGUCGGCCGGUUGACGUGUCCCCGGAAGCAGCAGGUCUAAGUGAUGUGACAUUCGAAGAAGCUGACGAUGUGCUUGAGUUACGUGCGAUGGACCGGGUGACUAAACUUCGCAAGGCGGAGGAGGUGAUGACAGAAUUGAAAACUCAGAUUUGCAGCCUUGGUUCGACGCAGUAUGACGCGGUGUUGAAGAGUCUGAAGAGAUUUGCCGAGCUGUUGUCAACGCAUAGUGAUGUGUCUUUAUACUGCACUACACAGCAGUGUAGUGAACCUUUUCGGCUUGACCAAGAUGACCAGUACCAGCGGUUAAUGGGAAGCGCGGGCCGCAACAUGGUGAGAUAUGGGUUCCCCAAUAAGGAGACAUGUAUGCCUAGCACAAGCUCCGUGCAGCAUGAUGGUGAAGCAAGUGACAUCGCUGGGAAUCUUUCCUCACCGGGCCACAUCGGGAACGUUGGAAAGACGGUGUAUGUUGGCUCCGCCAAACGGAAAUCUCCCAUUGCAUUGCGAGUGACGGAGGUUCCAACGGACUCCAUGCCGGUACCUGCAUUAAAAGUUAGACAUAUAAGCACCACCAUCACGUCGAGUGGUUCGAAGGUCGAUAAAACGAACCGGUUUGCGCGGAUGACGGAGACAUCGGUUUCCGAUGUAUGCGCUUUCUGUCUACGAGAGAAAGACGAAGCAUCCGUCGGUGUUGCAGUUCCGUGGUUGAUGUGUGACGUGUGCGGACGUUGGUUCCAUCGGACCUGUGCGGGCUAUUAUGGGGAAGAAGAAUUCACAUGUGUGUACUGCGAGCAGUAAAUUGAAAGAGACAAUUGGACAUAGACGUCUAUGAUAAUCAGGACCAACAGGUAAGCGAUACGAGAAUGCAUUGUGUAAUUGAGAUGUUCUUUUCAGUGAAUCGUGCGAGCACCAUUUCUCACUGUACCUUCAUCUUUGAACAACCUUUUAGGGACGCGCUGCAUGCACUUCAAUAUCCCCUACAAUGAAUUUCCCCUGAAGGCUACAUGCAUGCAAUGCGUGUUCUGCGCUUGGACACACCUCGCUGACAGGUACGAUAAUAUCGCUUUGGUGUGCUUUUAUUGUAGACAGGGUGCAAGGUAAUCCGCAUGACUUGUGUGUUACUCACGGCUGUUGGCCGGUUUAGCGCCAUAGGGAAGUAAGUCACGUGGUGUCCCUUAUCACUCUGUGACAUGAUCACUUUAUUUGCAUAACUUUGCUUUCAGUGUCUCACACGACUGCCGGUAUGAAAGCGUCCUAGGCUUGCAGUCUUAUGAUGGCACUAUCUUAACGUGGCCACCAGCAACGCAAUAACAGCAACGUACAUGAGCCACUGUCGUGAUGGAACCUUCCUACACGAGCAGGAAUGCAUGAGGGCGGCACUAGGCGGAAAGUACAUCCCCACAAUCGGUUGGCAAUUCUUGCGUAUUCGAACAGCAUCGCGUCGUCAUACAACACAUAGUGGUACCAUAAGUUGCGAGCCUGAGUGUGCAAUUCAUGGAGCAAAAGGGUGGUGCUGCAUACAAUUACUCAAUGUGUGUACAAUGGUGAAGGGAAGAACGGUUGUGAUCUCGAUGAAUCACCAUUGAUUGCGCCAUAGCCACGUUUGUUGGUUGCACUCCGUUCCUGAUAGGCUGGUGGUACUUGCUGCAGGAUCAUACAUUAUACACGUUAGUUAGAUGUGUAAAACACCUCAGCUAUUGUGAUACAAUACAUG